CAGUGCUGCCAGGCGGGGCUGGCAGCAAGAUGGCGCCGGCGGUGCGGGGGCUGAAGAGCUUCGUGUGGCAGAAGCUGAAAUCAGCAGUAUUUGAUGACUUCACCAAAGAGGAAGAAUGGAAGGUAAUGCUCUUAGAUGAUUACACUACUAAAUUACUGUCACUGUGCUGCAAAAUGACUGAUCUGCUGGCAGAGGGUGUCACAGUGGUGGAGAAUGUAUAUAAAACCCGUGAGCCUGUCCCACACAUGAAGGCAAUAUAUUUAAUAACUCCCACCAAAAAGUCUGUAGAUGGACUGAUUGAUGACUUCAUCAAUAAAUCAUCCAGCAGAUACAAAGCAGCAUACGUGUAUUUCACUGACUUUUGUCCCGACAGCCUCUUCAAUAAAAUUAAGGCUUCAUGUGCCAAAUCAAUAAAGAAAUGCAAGGAGAUCAACAUUUCAUUCUUCCCUUAUGAAUCUCAGGUGUUUACUCUCAACAUCCCAGAUGCCUUCUACCGCUGCUACAGUCCCACUCUGGAAAAGACAAAGGAGAAAGAUGCUGUACUGCAAGUCAUGGCUGAACAAAUUGUUACCUUGUGUGCCACACUAGAUGAGAAUCCAGGAGUCCGAUAUAAAAGUGGACCAUCUGAUAGAGCCAGCAAACUUGCACAGCUUGUUGAAAAAAGUCUUGAAAACUACUACAGAACAGAUGAGAGAAGCCAAAUAAAGGCUAAAACCCACUCCCAACUAAUAAUAAUUGAUCGUGGUUUUGACCCAGUAUCAACUGUACUCCAUGAGCUCACCUUCCAGGCAAUGGCAUAUGAUCUGCUACCCAUUGAAAAUGAUACUUACAAAUACAAAACAGAAGGCUCUGGUGGGAAGGAAAAGGAGGCGAUUUUGGAGGAAGAUGAUGACCUGUGGGUGAAGAUGCGGCACAAGCAUAUUGCAGAUGUGAUCGAGGAAAUACCAAAACUUUUGAAAGACGCUUCAUCAAAAACAAAAGCAACAGAAGGAAAAUUAUCCAUAUCUGCUCUGUCCCAGUUAAUGAAGAAGAUGCCACUCUAUCGUAAAGAGAUUAGUAAGCAAGUUGUUCAUCUUAGCAUAGCAGAAGAUUGCAUGAGCAAGUUCAAAUCUAACAUAGAAAGGCUCUGUAAAACUGAGCAGGACUUGGCUCUUGGAACUGAUGCAGAAGGUGAAAAAGUAAAAGACUCUAUGAGGGUCCUCCUUCCAGUUCUGCUCAACAAAAGUCAUGACAGCUCUGACAAAAUCAGAGCUAUUCUCCUGUAUAUCUUUAGCACAAAUGGAACUACCCAGGAGAACUUGGACAAGCUGAUCCAGAAUGUACACAUAGAAAGUGAUAGUGAUAUGAUAAGAAAUUGGAAAUACCUUGAUGUUCCUGUUAUCUCUUCAUUUGUUGCUCAGCAGCAUAAAUACAUAAGAAGGGACCGUUCUAAAGAAGAAACCUUUCAGCUGUCUAGGUGGACACCUGUUAUCAAAGAUGUUAUGGAGGAUGCUAUAGAAAACAAAUUAGAUUCAAAAGACUGGCCUUAUUGUUCCCGCUGCCCUCCCACCUGGAAUGGUUCAGGAGCAGUAAGCGCCCGCCAGAAGCCCCGAGCGAGUCAGAGGGAGGAGCGCAGGAGCAGCGCCAGGCUGAUCGUGUUUGUCAUUGGCGGCAUCACCUACUCGGAGACGCGCUGCGCCUACCAGGUGUCCGAGGCCUACACGUCCUGUGAAGUUGUCAUUGGUUCUACUCAUAUUUUGACACCUAGAAAACUACUAGAGGAUGUGAAGAGUCUUAGUAAACCCAAGGAUAUGGUCUGGAUGAAGGAUGAAUAGAUAUGGUGAUGUUUGUGAUGCAUUAAAAACACAAACAGUAUGUACAUAUUCUAAUGGAACUGACUUUUCCAAAUACUGCACUUCAAUACUACAUGUUUCCUAAUGGAGGUCAUGUUAUAAUUUAAAUUUGCUGCUUUUGGGGGAGUAGAAGGCAGAGAGAUGAGAAGAUAAACACGUGUGUUUCUUAGGUUCUGUUUAGUAUUACACUGCAAGUACUUUUUCACAAGGGCAUGUUUGUUCCUAACUAAUUAUGCUAAAAAGUAUUGUAAUUAUAUAUAAACUGGAAUUGUCUUUGAGAACUGUGAAAACUUUCCAUAAUGGCAUUUAUUUCUAAAGAUGACUGAAUUAAAAAGGGCCUGGGCUCUUGGGUAGGGAUUUCAAGAGAAAACUUGUAAAUAUGGGUUUAUGGUAAAAAUGUUUAAUACAAGUUCAGUGUCAUAAGUGUAAUGUUUUCUGUAAAAAUAACUUGCUGAAAAUUCUUUAAAUAUGUAUAAUUGUGAAAAAUCUAAAGGCUUUUUAGAUGAUGCUGGGUAAGGUAGAUUGUUAAUCACAGAAUUAUUGAGCAGUUCCAAUCACAGUAAACAACUUUGGAGAAAUGCUGUCAACUGUGCACUGAAGUACACUUUAUAUUUAAGUAUAUACAGAAAUUAUUACUGAAGCUUUUUAAAAAUUCAGUUUCUUAGCAAAUUCCUUAUGAUUGUCUACAUAGUCUGUCUUGUUUCAGAAGUUGAAUUGCCUGUGAUACAGAAAUUCCAAAAUGAAGCAUGUCUCUCUGAGGAAGUGGAGGCAUGGGGAAAGGACUGGACAAAAAGGGAAGCAGCUCAGUCUUUCAAAGAGUUUGGUAACUUGGAAAAGAAAAGCACAAAGCACACAAAAUGACAAAACCUGAUGCACUCAAAAGAAUUGACUUUUUAAAAGUUGUGUUACAUACUAAGAAAUAUUUAAAUUUGCAUUGAAGAGAAUAAAAAACCAAAUUGUAUGAAUUCUGUAAUACUGGUAAUGUUUAGAUUUCUCUUUAAAAAUUAUUUAAUUAAAAUUACUGAACUUUUAACUGGAUGUUGUAUUUAUGUGCCUUGAAAUGUUAGAUUGUUGUAUGUAGAGUCCAAGAGAAAUGUUAUAAUGAAAAAUAAUAGAUUGCUUGUGUCCUUAUAUUUACCUUUUCCCAAUAAUGAGUAUUUAUUCUUUUUUUGUGAUUUUGAGUUUUUUCCCUUUAUUUUUCCUCUCAGGUUAAUCAAUACUUUAAGAGAACAUAUUUGUUAGAUGAGUUCAUUCAGAGUUAAUUAAAAGGAGGAAAAAGGUCAAGUUCUCAGAGAGGAAUGAAAGGGGAGUACAUGACAUAAUGAUUCUAAAAUGUUGCAGGACAUGGGAUGUGAUGAGAGUAAGUGUCUGUAGCUUUCAAAUUUGGAAUUGAAUCUACACUGAAUUUUUUUUCAACAGGACUACAGAAGCAACACUUUUAAAUCAACUGGUUCACCAAAUAGAAUGGGGACUAAACACUAAACUAAAAGCAAAACCAGGGAUAAUAA